AUGGCGGAGACAACCCGCAAUCAGAGACAGCGUUGCUAUCUUUGCGACCUGCCCAGGACCCCAUGGGCUAUGUUGCUCGAUUAUGCCGAACCAGUGUGUAGAGGGUGUCUCAAUUACGAGGGUGCCGACCGGAUAGAAGGGGUCAUAGAAGGGGCCCGCCGGUUGAAGCGACUCCACGGCUUUCACGGGAGUCAGGAUUCAGCCAGGGUCGCGUCGAAGGGAGAGAGCGGCGGCGCGACCCGACAGCUAAAGCAGCGGGAUGGGAAGCGAUCAGCAGCUCCGCUUGAGAAUGGCCGACCUACUCUGGUAAGAGGUGAAAGUUUACCAGCUACAUGUGAUGGCCGAUACAGAAAAGAUUCAUUAGGAAGAGUAUUUUCUUUUGAUUCCGGCUCAACAUCCACGAAAUCAGCUUUUGCAACGAUAUCCACAACAUCUUCAGUCAUCGACAGCGUAGCUUCUCCUCCACUAGAACGGGAUAGUCCAUCAAGCUCGAAUCCAACACUGUCCCAACAAAGGAGUGGAAAAGAUAACUCGUCAUGGCUCAAAUGCAGUUUGUGUCAACAACGUUUAGAGGAUACCCAUUUUGUCCAAUGCCCAUCCGUACCAGGACAUAAAUUUUGUUUUCCAUGCUCCAGAAACAGUAUAAAAGAGCAAGGGGCAUCCAACGAGGUGUAUUGUCCAAGUGGAGAGAAGUGUCCCCUCCUUGGAUCAGAUGUUCCAUGGGCUUUUAUGCAAGGUGAAAUAGCCACAAUCCUUGGUGAAGAAAACAAAAAUAAAAAAGAGCGAGAUACUUGAAUUGUAAAGAUGCGAUUAUUAAUGGUAUUUGUACAGGCAUAUCGACUUAUCAGGUGAAGCCCAAAACUUUUAUCUUUGAUAAAUGCGUUUAUUUUAUGAUUUACCUUUCUGAAAUUUUAUUUCCAUUGUUUUAUUUAUAAAUGUAGCUUUAAGGAGGCAGAUCAAUGAAUUUUUGACAUUUGUGUACGUCACAAUCUUUUA